CGAGCCGCGUUCGGCGUUCAUCCACAGUUCGUUAAUUGUUGUGUUCUUCUUGAACAUUUUAUUUCACGACGUUGUUCAUGUAGAUACAUGUAGCUAACGUCUCCGGCUUGCUGCUAAUGUAACUUCAUAUUCGCUGCCGCUUUGUAAUUGCCAUUUCUUCACCGGCAAACACGUUUUCGUCGCCGAACCGGUAACAGUGAAGAACACCGGUUGCGUCCGUCGUUGGAAUCGCAAUAACUUUAUCUCAUAUAACGACGCGGUAUUUGACGUUUAUUGUUCGCGAAUAUGGGCAAUUAUCUUCGUAAACCGGUGACAGUCAAGGAUUCCCACGACAUGGAAAACAGCACGUUGAUGUGCGGCGUCAGUUCAAUGCAGGGUUGGCGUGAAACUCAAGAGGUAAUGUAUAAUGACACCACGUUUUGGCUACAGGUUUCCCAUCAACAUGCCGCGUUUGAACGUUUGGACCACGAUUUUUCAAUUUCGGUGCCACUAUUGCUAACCUAGGCACGUAUCUAUCGAUUAUCCUGGCCAUUCACCUGUUAUUUCAUACUUGGUUCAAAUCGUAUGAUUUUUAAAAAAAUAAUGUACCUACAUAUAAAAUAUGUAAUUGAUUUCAUGGUGAUUCAUUAUAUAUUAUAUUCAACUGUACUGCAGCAAUAGGCUUGAUUUUUUAAAAUUCGGUGGCUAAACGUCUAGAUAGCCAAGUGACUUAACGAACUGUAAACCCGGGUUUUUGUUAUUGUAGUCCACUGGACUAGUAAUGAAACUAUAGUUUAAUGAUUGAUAGAUCAGUUUUGGUUGAUUACUUGAAAAUAUGUAUGCAUGUUAAUUUUAUUGACAACUGUAAUAAAGUGCAAUCUGAUCUGGACAAUAUCUUUAUCUCGUCUAAUAAUUUGGACCUUUAGUUGAAUAUUUCCAAGUGUGCUAUAUGCUAGUGUGUCACAAUGACCUUUACGUGUUAUCUAAAACCUAUUAAAUUCAGCUAUACUAUCCAAGGCUUUAAUUUGCCCAGAGCUUCCAAUGAAAUUCGUGAUCUCGAUUAUAUUUUAUGCCCUCCACUAAGUCCUAAUCUCUAUAUCGAAAAAGCCUGUUGUAAAGCUCUGAAAAUGUUGGGUCUCUUGAAGCAUAUUUCCUUUGAAUUCAAAUAAUGCACUUCUUUCAAAGCCCUUUAUUAUAUUAUUGUGCCCUUGUUCAGCCAAUUAUUGAAUAUGGCUCCGUUUUCUGGGAUCUCUAUACUGCGGUCGCCUGCAGGUAAUUAGAACGAGUACAGCGAAUAUUUCUUAAACAUGCAGCUUGCUCAAAAUUGAUACCCUCCACAUAUUUAUGACCCCAUCCUCUAUAAACUUGAUUGAGUAUGUUUAGACCGCAGACUUUCUGCCAGUAAUAACUUCCCGCAGAAACUCCUUCAACAAAAUUUGAUUGUCCGUUCUUACUUUCUAAUCUUAAUUUUUAUAUUCUUUCUUGUAUUCUAAAUAUGUAAAAAUUGUCCACUUCCUUUCAGCUCUAUUAAUUACAAACUCAAUGAACCAAUUAUCUGUCUUAUGUCUACUACUAAUUCCAACCCUUCCUACUUUUGUUCUUAAUAUUUUGAAUACUUUUCUUCUCUUCGAACCAAUAUAUAAAUAUUCAUGCUUAACUUGUAUUUUUUCUUGUAAUUCAAUGAAUCUAAAUAACUUGUAAUUAUGUUGAUGUGUAGGCGCAGGCCUAUUAUUAUAAAUAAAUAAAAAUAAAUCACAUGGCAUACUGCUGUCAUAAUAAACAUACCUUCAAUUAUUUAAGUUAUGCAAACUGAGUGUGAAAUAGUUGUACUAUUGUUAAUUUGUUUUAUGCAAUACUCUUUAAUCAAAUUAUCUUAUUUCAGAUUUUGUUAUAGAUUCAGAUUUUAAUAUUUUUGUUUUUAUUUAGGAUGCACACAAUUGUUUGAUUGAUUUUGAUAAGGAUGUUUCACUUUUUGCUGUAUAUGAUGGACAUGGAGGUGCCGAAAUAGCACUUUAUGCGGCUGAUCAAUUGCCACAAUUUGUCCGAGAUGAGCUGGCAAAAAAGAAAUCCUAUAAAGAUGCUCUAAUAAACUCUUAUUUGAAAUUUGACGACAGUUUAAUCGAUCCACCUGUGGUAGAAAAGUUGAAUACACUCCGGGAAGAACUUUCUAAAGAAGAAAAUAAUUGUGGUAUGAUCAUUUGUAAAAUUUAAAAAAGUUUUUUGGUUAAUUUAGGUAUUUGUCUUAUAAGCCAACCAUUAAAUAUUUUUAAAUUACUAGUUUUUCUAAUAGGUAAUUUAUUUAUUUAAUAUACCUAUAAUAGAAUGUGGGAGCAUUUUGAAAUGUGUUUUUUAGUGAAGCAAAAUCGUUAUAUUAAUUUCUAUUUCUCCUUAAUCGCUCACCACAUUGUAAAUCCAAAAUUGUAAAAAAAAGGUGUUGCUUCUUUUUCAUAAAUUGCUAUUAACUCACUGUUUUAUGAUGCCUUCAGCACUUUAUUUUCACAGGAGAAAAUAAAAAUACACUUUUCUUUAAGUGUAAAAAUUGAUUUAUAUGAUUAUAUAAAAAAGUUUUUUAAUGGCAAACCAUGUUUUAUGGGAAACCAUAAAACUUUUCAAAUAAAAAAAUAUUGUUAAAUUAAAUUUUCUACAAACUAAAUAAAGAAGUUAGGUAAAUUAUGUUGAAUUUAUACUUUUAUCAUUGAAGUGAAAUGUUUGGAAUUUUUAGUAUCUAAGUAGGUACUAUUAUUUUCAAUAAUGGUUUAUAAUAAUUGUGUUUUAGGCGUGACUUCUAUCGGUUGUAGUUGGGUUUUGCUCUUUAUUUUUAAAGAUUUACUAUUAAAUUCUUUAAUUAUCUUAACAGUAUCAAAACAUAACUUUAUGAAGCCAACUGUCUCUUUUUGUUUUUUUUUUUUUUUAAAUUUUUCAUUUAGAUUUUCCAUAAUAUUGAAUUAGUUAUUAUACCAAAUCAAUUCAAAUGUAGCAAUGAUAUUUUGAUGUAAUUUGUUCAGCGGGUAAAUUUCAGUUUAUGUACCUAAUAAGGUAUUUCUUAAUUUUCACUGAACAUUUUUGUUUAUUUUUUUUUAUCUUCGCUAAAUAACAUUUAAACACACCUCCGUUUUUCAUUGUUCUAAUUUAAUAUGAUUAUACAAAUUUCAUCCAAACAAUAUUCUUAGUUAUUAUUUUAAUAUUCUAAAAGUUUUUAAAUAGGUACUAGGUGUUACUAUGUUAUGGUAAUUGCAUUUUUUUUCUAAAUAAUCAUGAUUAAUGAGGUUUGAGAUAAUUUAUACAUUUUAUACAUAUUUUAUAUUAUACAAUUUCACGAUUUCAUUAUUUUAUAAAAAUAUUAAAAAACGUUUUCUACCAGAAAAAAUGAUAUAAUCGAUAAAUCACUAGACAACCUUUUUUAAGGAAUUUUAAUUUUUGGGAGUUUUUUUUGUUAUCCGAUUAUAAAUACAGGUAGAGACUUGAAACUUAGUAAUAAUACUUAUAUUGUACUUAUCUAGUGGUAAAAUACGUUUUAAUAAGCGUUUUGAAAUCAAAUUUAAAUGAAAAUGGCAAAAAAAAUUAUGAUAUUUCAAAGUAUGUAUUACCAAACUACUCAGAAUUGUCUUUUGUCAAGCAAUGGUUUAUCGUUGCUUACAGAUAUAAAUGAAAUAACCUUAUGUAUUCUACCUUCCCAACUUCUCACCUACAACAGUGGUUGCUCCCGUCCCCAGUAUCAGCUCCUUUUUUUUAUAUUAAUAUUGAAGUAUUUUACUAUCUUAUACUCUUAUUGUUUUGAAAUAAAUGUAAAACCAUUAAGAAUUGUUACGUUUUUAAUUGUAUGUGGUACGUGACAGAUCUAUAACACUUAUAAAUGGUAUAUCAAAUAAAAUUUUUUAGAAUCUCAGCUCCUUAAAGUAUUUACUAGUUACAGACCUAACUAUUUUAUUAAUCAAAUUGUGUUUUGUGAUAUCUAUUCGAUAUUUAUUUAUUUAAAUUCAUAAUAAAAUCACUGGGUAUGAUUUAAAUAUUUGCAAACCGAUAACUUAUAAUGUUUAGGACAGUCUCUAAAUUAGGUCUUCUGUCUUUUAAUGGUAAGAAAAAAAAACAAUAUAUAUUAUAUACAUUUAAAAAAUAAUUAUGAAUCAUAAAUAAAACUGGCUUUAAUAAAUUAUUUAGAAAUAACUAUAUUUAUGCUAAUGAAAGACCAUAUUGAGUGUAAAACUCCAAAUAUUUUAUUAGAUACUCGCAUAGAUAACUUAUUUAUUAUUUAUAGUCAUAAUUAGGACUUGGUUGUCUAUGUACUUAAAAUGGCUUGAAUAUGUGUAUGCACUAAUGUACAAAAAAAUUAAGUUGAAAAUGUCUUAAUAUUGAAUAAAUAUUUGUUUAUAUUUGAUAAACCUCAAUAAUAUUUUAAAUAAAAAUAGUGUAAUUGAAUUUUGUAGAAUAUUAAAGAAAUUUGUAUCUAUAUAUAAUAUAUACAAAUUUUUAUAUUCAAUUUUUUUUUUAGGCUUGAAUAAAUUAAAUUAAUAUUUAAAAAAAAAACACCAAUACCCUAGCCCUAAUCAUAAAUUCUGUGAUUUAUAUAAAUAUUAUAUGGUCAAUAUAUAUCAAUAAUUAAUGUAUAUAGUAAAACUUCCGUAUAAUAGGGACCGGAAAUAAUAAUCACUAUUUAGAGGUGAUCAUUAGAGGUUUCCUAUAAAGGCAUAAUACUUGACGGGAUCAAAAAAUAAUAAUCCUUACAUAGAGGUGACCAUUAACGAAAGUUUUACUGUAUAAUAUUGUGUACACGAAUAAUAAACAUUAAUACAUUUUUCUUAUCAGUUUAGACACCAUGUAACUACUUUGUUUUGUGUUAAUUUAAUAAUUUUUCUCCUGAAACUACAGAAUCUAGAGGGUGAUGGUUGGUGACUUUUGAUUAUUUCUAAUACCUUUAUUAUUAAACAACAAUUUUUUUUUUAUUGUACCUAAAAUAGCGGUAAGUGUUAAAAGCCUGUGAAAUUUUUUCAAAUUUGUGUUCUUCGUAUUUUCAAAAUGAUUCAUGGGGUUUUAUAUCAAUCAGCAAGAUUUUUUGUUUAAAAAAUUAACCUGUCCAAAAAUAUCAAUAUUGUACAGCAGUUUGUUUAUAAGUUUUAUUUUUUAAUCAAAAAGUUUAUUGUAUUUACCAUUUGUCUGUGGCGGUUCUAGCAUACCAACAAAAUAGACAGUUUUGGUAAAAUGUUCAAUGUUGUGUCAUUCUUAAAUUAUCAGUCUUAUAAGUAAAUAUUUGAUUUUUUUAUUAUCUAUUAUUUUCGUCGUCUUGACAUUAGAUUCCUCUAAUGUAUACCAUAUUUUCUGAAAUGGGAAAUAUUUUGUAUUUUUGUUGUUAUUCAUUUAAAAAUAAUUGUUAUUGAAUUUUAAAUAAUAAAAUAAUAAACAAAAACAAAAUUAUUAAAAUGGUUAAUACUUGCAAAUAAAUAUAAAAAUAAAAAAUGAAUAAAUGCGGCGUUGUUUGGAGUUGUAUAAUAUAUGUAUUAUAACGACUAGUUUUGAAUUAAAAAUUCAUCAUAUCACAGUCAAUAUGUAAAAUAUCGCUAGAGUUAAAUAAAAGAAGGGUGAAGGUUGAUUGAUUUGCCUAUUAGAGGUGGGAGAGUAAGGGGUUUCCCAGGUUUGAAUAUUAUAUUUAUGACUGGGAAUUUCCAAAGUACUGGAUAUAAAAGAUAAAAAAGUAUGAAAGCUUGAGCAUUAAGUUGAAGAUGUGUGUGAGUGAUAAUAUAGCUUUUUUAGAUAGUUGGAAGGCGACCUCAGGAGUGAUGAUAUCGUAUCAUGAAGUUUUAUGUCUCUGAUUUACGGAUUAUGAACUCGACUUCACUAGGUCUAAUGUGUUUUUGGUGUAAGGGUAAGAGGUAGUGGACUAGAUGGGAUUUCUUCUAUUUUGUUGUGAGGUAUGAUGCCAUUAUGUCGCUGAAAUAUUGAGUAAGUGAUGACGAAAUUAAUUUGCUAUUUCUAAGUCCUGAUAAUUCACGUACAGUCAGACUUUUUUAAAGGGGAAACAGAGGAUUACAUCAUAAAUAUGUUAAUUUUUUAUAAAUUAAAUAAAAAAUAAGUUGAGAAUAUCAAUGUUUUAUCUUAUUUUCUUAUUUUUAUUUUUUUUGUUCAGGGGAAACAAUUCCAUUUAUUAUUAUUUGGUAUGUUUAUUUUAAUAUACAAAAUUAUGAAUUAGUUAAAUUCUUAUCCUUAUAUAUACUAAAAUUAUUGUUAAUUAUUAAAGCAUAUACAUUUUCUAUUCAUUUCUAUAAAAGUUUUAGUUGUUGUACUUAAUAAGUUUCUUUUCAAAAUGUUUUAUUGUCUACAACUGUUUUUAUAAUUAAAUAUUGAUUAUAUAGUGUUGCAUGUAAAAUAAUAGUUUACAUUACAAUUUUUUAAUUUCCUAUUUAAUUUUUUGUGUUCUUUAGUUGACGCUGAUGAAGAUGAACCUCUUGAUGAACUCUUCAACGAAGCUAAACUACCAAUCGAAGACAUAAUCCUAAAAUAUAAAAAACAAUUUCGCAAUCUUCACAAAGAAAAUAAUACAGAUCAACCAGGCUCUUCUAAAGAAUCUUCAACCUCAAAAACUGGAGAAGAAAGUUCAAACUCCGAUACUAGUAAGUUUGAUUAAAAUAUUUAAAAAAACAAAAAAUUAUGAAUGUAUAUUUUACAAGUAAAUAAUAUUUAAUGUAUUUUUAUAGUAGUUAUUGACUUAGAAAAAGCAUUAAAUGAUGCAUGCAAUUCCAAGGCAGCAGAUACAAGUAAAUUAUAAAUGUUAAAUAAUAAUUAUAUAAGAUUUAUGUUAAUAUUAUUAUUAUUUGUUUGUGUAUAAAAAUAAAUAUGAAUAGAGAAAGAUGAAACAGAAAAUGGAGUCAAUGAAAUUAAAUUCAAAGUUGACAAUGAAGAAGCUGGAGGUUCUUCAAGUUCUAAAGUUAAUGGUACAAAUGACAAAUUGACAAAUGAAAUUGAAAACGCUGUUCCUGGACCUAGUAAAUCCGAGGGUAGUUCCAGCAGUCAAGAACAGAAUGGUAGUGUAGAACCAAAACCAGAAGGGACUGCAUACAUGAUUGGUAAUGACGCCUCAGAAAAUGACACAUCUAGCGAUAGCGAAGAUGAAUUGUUUGAACCAGAAAUUCCAUCUAGGUAAUUAAAAUAUUGAUUAUUAUGUAUUUUUUUUUAUAGUUAUACAAAUAAAAAUACUCUUAAAAUUAAAUGUACCGAGGCGGUUUUAAUAUUAUUUAUUUUACUUAUUCUACAGAAAUGCCAUCUAUUAUCUAUUGUUGUUGGUCUUGAAUAACGUAUGUGGUAUUGUUAUGUACAUUGCAAUCUGGAUUAAACAUCUGAAUUGAAUGUUAUAAUAUUAGUUAUGACUUAAAUUUGUCUUCAAGAUAUUUUAAUUACGUAUUUACUUAUGCAAUGAUAAUAAAAUAGGCUAUGUUCUGAUAUAUAUGAUAAUUGGUAUAUAGAUUGUAAAGCCCUUUAGGAUUUAUAUAUGUAUGUUAAUAAAACUAUGAUUGUUUCUAAGUACAUAUUAUGGUACACAAUUUAAUACAUUAUUGUACAAUAUAGGUUUAAUAAACAUUAAAUUAUAUAGUUUUUAUUAUUCUUUAAUAUUCAUAACUAUAAGAUUUAAGAUUUUAAGAUAAAUUUUAGUAUUAUAAUAAUAAUUAAAUAUAUUGCUUACUUAAUAAUACGUUUCAAAUGUUAAAAAUUUUUAGUUCAGAAGAAGAAUCUCUGGAUGACUCUGGAAGUGAAACAGAAUCCGAAGAUGAUGUUUGCUAUUCUAAUAGUUUACUUGCUAAUAUAUGUGGUAUGGACGACGACGACGAGGACGAUUUGGUAAUUAUAUAAUAUUGUUUACAUUAAAAUAAAAAUUGUUUCUAUACUCCGUCAAACUCUGUCCUUAGACUUCUUUCUAUAAUUUAUAGAAUUAUAUUGCUUUUUUUCAAUAAUAUAUAUUUUUAUAAUGUACAAUAGUCAAUAAAGCCUUUUAUAAUUUGGUAAUAUUUGAUAAUUGAUGACAAAAUACAACCGGAAUGUGUGUUAGUUAUACGCAUUUUAAAUGCCCUUGUGUUUAUCUAUUUCACCAUGGUUAUGUUCACUUUAAAUAUCUACAUUAUUUUACUUAAUAAUAAAAUAACAUUUCUUUUGUUCAUCUUCACAAUAUUUUACUGUCUUUAUGUUUUUAAAGUACAAUCUGUCUAUGAACAUUUUGAUUGAUUAUUCAAUCUCUUUUCCCUCUAGUUUUUAACUUACAAGAUUGUCAUCUAUCCUCAAAACCACAACUGCAGCUUUUGUUAAUUCUGAUAUUUAUUUAAUUUUUUAAUUUUGUUGUUUGGCUUUAAAAUGAAUUAACCAAUAACAAUAACUGUUAUGCUAAUAUUUAUAUAUAUUUAUACUACAGUGAAAACUUUAUAACAAAACUCUCAAUGAAAAAUUCUAUUUUACCUAAAACUUACUUAAUAAUAGUUAUAUAAUAAUGAUUGGUUUGCUUUAUAACCCAUGUAUUAGUUCUCUUUAACCUUCUGUAUUGUGAAAAUUCUAUAACAAAUGAAAUCUCUUUGUCCCUCCCUAAAGAUUUAUAUAUAUAUUAUAUAUUUAAAAUUUAUUUAUUGAUUGAGGAAUCCUUAGUAAUUGUUUUAAAAUGUUUGAAUGUUUUUGCCUGUCAUCAUUUUAAAUUAUGUGCAGAACGAGGAAUGUAUUGAAUUUACAAUGCUUUUAUUUUAUUUUUUUUCUGUGGAUAACUUUUCUACCAGCCAUUUUGCUCAGAUUUUCAAUGAUAUCACUUUUUCUGAAAGAAAAUCAGACCUGGGUGGUACAUUAAGGGGCUCAUUUUUAGAUUUUCUCAGGAGUUCUCUCAAUAAAUAGGAAAAAAUAAGAAAAUAGAUACAAUAUUAAACAAACAUAAUUAAAGAAAAUAUAUAGUGCAUAUGUAAUUAUUUUUCCAUAAUACGACAUUUAUAUUGUUGGAAAAGCAACAACACUAUCAACUGAAAUCUGCUUGAUUGUUUUUUGUUAGCAAUAGUUAAAUUAAAUUGUCCAUAACUGUGGCUGCCUGCAUCCCUCCCAAUUAUACUAGAACAGCCUUUUUUAAAUGGUUUUAUAAAAUAAAAUAAUUUGUUUAAUAUAUUUUUAUCUAGUAUUUAAUUUACAAUUUUUUUUUUCAGAGUAUGAAAUGUAUUUUCUGUGAUUAACAGGGUUUGGGUUUUAUUGCAUUUAAAAUUUAUUAAAAAGUACUUAAAAAUGUCAAAAAAUCCUUGAAAAAAAGCAAAUAUUUUAGACCAAAUGGUAGAAGGGUUAAAUGUCUUCAACUUUUAUUAAAUACAAUUUUCUAAUGUUGCACAAAUUAUUAAUCUAAAGUUUUUUUUUAUAAUACAUAUAAUUUUAUUUAAACAAAAUACAUUGUUAAUAAUAAUUUAAAGUGCUUUUUUUUUUUUUUGUGACUUAAGUGCAAUAAGUAUUGAACCCUAGUGAUCAAUAUAGCAUACAGACUGUCCCACAAAGAUAUACCUCUUGAAUAUCUCCAAAAAUAAUAAGGAUAAUCAAAUUAUGUUUUUUAUAUUACUCGUAGGAAUAAGGACUACAAGUAAUUAUAUUUGAAUUCAUUUUUUUAUUUUUUUACAAACAUAACUAAUAGUAAAAGAUUACUUUUAUUAUUUUUGGAAAAUUUUAAUGUAUCACACAUUUAUAUUGUGAUAACAUCAGUUUUCACAUGGAUUAGAAUUUAAAACUGCUGUUACUUAAAAACUAUUCAUUGGGUAUAUAUGUGUAAUGCAUUAAAAUUUUCCGAAAAAUAAUAAAAUAAAAGUUUUUUUUUUUUUAAAAAAAACAAAAAGUUUGAUUCAAGUAUAAAUAUUUGUAUUCCUCAUUCCUGUGAGUAAUAUAUAUAUAUGUAUAACAAAACAGUAUUUGAUUAUCUUUAUUAUCUUCGGAGAUAUUCAAGGGGUAUAUCUUUGUGGGACUGUCUGUAUAUUUUUUUAUGAAAUUAAAAAUAAACAUAAAUUUAACAAUAUUUUAUAACUAUUGGUUUUCUUUUUUAAGGCUGGAAAAGACAGUGGUUGUACUGCUGUUAUGGCCUUAUUGGUUAAAGGUAAACUUUAUGUGGCUAAUGCUGGUGAUUCAAGGUGUGUAGUUUCUAUUGAUGGUAAAGCAUUUGAUAUGUCUAAAGAUCAUAAGCCUGAAGAUGAAAUUGAGCUCAAUAGAAUUACUGCAGCCGGUGGUAGAGUUUCUAGUGAUGGACGAGUAAAUGGAGGAUUAAAUUUGUCUAGAGCUCUAGGUAAAAAAUUAAUUUAAAAACUUAACUUAAGUUUUAUAUAAUAAAUUCAAUAUAUAUUUUAGGCGAUCACAAGUACAAAAAUAAUGAUAAACUUCCUAAUACUGAACAAAUGAUAACUGCUCUGCCUGAUGUUACUGAUCUUGACAUCAAACCCGAAAGUAUUAAUUUUAUAGUAUUAGCUUGUGAUGGUAUAUGGAACUCAUUAUCCAGUCAGGAAGUGGUUGAUUUUAUAUCUGAACGUAUCAAUAAUCCAGAUGUAAAAUUGUCUUUAAUCUGUGAAGAAGUAUGAAAAUAAUUUAAUUUAUAAUUCAUUUUUAAUUUAUUUAUUAUAUAUGGUUAAUCUUUUGCUUUAGCUAUUUGAUAAAUGUUUGGCACCUGAUACGUUGAGUGAUGGAACUGGUUGUGACAAUAUGACUUGUAUCAUUGUCAAGUUCAAAUUCAACAAUCUGAAACGUUCUUACACUGAAACAGAAGAUACUGAAGAUUCUGUUGAUGUCAUUGAAAUUAAAAAACUUAAAACAGAUUCAGCUGAAAAUUCCGAUUGUAUGGAAUUAAAUGAACCCGAAACAGAUGCUGUUGAAAAUUCUGAUGGUGUGCAAUUGAUUAAACCCGAAACAGAUGCUGUUGAAAAUUCUGAUGGUGUGCAAUUGAUUAAACUUGAAACAGAUGUUGUGGAAUUGAUUAAAUCCGAAAUAGAUUCAACUGAAAAUUCCGAAUGUAUGGAAUUAAAUGAACCCGAAACAGAUGCUGUUGAAAAUUCUGAUGGUGUGGAAUUGAUUAAACCCGAAACAGAUGCCGUUGAAAAUUCUGAUGGUGUGGAAUUGAUUAAACUUGAAACAGAUGCAGCUGUAAUUUCUGAUGGUGUGGAAUUGAUUAAAUCCGAAACAGAUGUUGUUGAAAAUUCUGAUGGUGUGGAAUUGAUUAAACUUGAAACAGAUGCGGCUGUAAUUUCUGAUGGUGUGGAAUUGAAUAAAUCCGAAACAGAUGUUGUUGAAAAUUCUGAUGGUGUAGAAUUGAUUAAACUCGAAACAGAUGCAGCUGUAAUUUCUGAUGGUGUGGAAUUGAUUAAACCCGAAACAGAUGCAGCUGAAGAAUCUGACGGUGUGGAAUUAAAUAAACCCGUAACAGAUGCAGCAGAAAAAUCUGAUAGUGUUGCAGUUUUAAAUGAACUCAAAACAGAUUUAACUGAAAAUUCAGAUGUUGCGGGAUUAAAUAAUACCAAAACAGAUUCAGCUGAACCUGAACCUAUGCAAUAAUGUUCCUUUACUCGCUGAAAAUUACGAUUACUGACUCACACAUUCUUUGUAUUUGUUGUAAUAAUCGUAUAACAGUUAUUUAUGACUGAUGUUUUGAUCAUAAAUAUUAUUAUUAUUAUUUUUUUUAAAUUUAAGUUAUUGAAAACAGAUAAUGUAUUUAUAAUUUUGAAUACUGAAAAGAUGAUAGUGUAAGUUUAUUAUUUUUUUAAUAUUUUAAAUUUCAUAUGGUAAUACAAUUUUAAUAUUGUACAAAAUCUUUAUUUUGAUUGAAAACCGAGUAUUUUUAUAACUACCUUUUAUUAAAUAAUAAAAAAAAUAUAAUUUGCAUUAUCCGUAUUAUAUGUAUAUCUUUUAAAUAUUUCAACGCGAGUUAAAUUACUCAUGGUUAUUCAUAAAUUACAGAGGGGAAUAAUAAUUAUACCAUAGUAUGUAUAA